AUGACCACCGUCAACCUCGGCACUGUUUUCAAGGGCUCUUCGUCCGGCAAGGUCGUCAAGGCGCAGGGCGCCGACCGCACCGUCAACGCGCGCGAUGUGGUCAUCGACAUCACCCACUCGGGCCUCUGCUUCACCGACAUCCACUACCUCAAGAAGGACAUGGUCAUCGGCCACGAGGGCGUCGGCGUCGUCUCCCAGGUCGGCGCCGAAGUCAGGAACUUCAAGAAGGGCGACCGCGUCGGUUGGGGAUACAACCACGACUCGUGCGGCACGUGCAAGUUCUGCAAAAAGGGCCGCGACACCAACUGCUACGCGAACAAGAUGUACGGCAACGCCGACCUCGACCAGGCGUCGUUCGGUGACCGCUUUGUCGUCACCGAGGAGUUCUGCCACAAGAUCCCCGACGGUCUCGAGCUCAAGCAUGCGGCGCCGCUGCAGUGCGGUGGUGCCACCGUGUUUGGUGCGAUGCACGACGCACGCAUCCAGCCGUACGACCGUGUGGGUGUGAUCGGCAUCGGUGGUCUCGGUCACCUCGCCAUCCAGUUCCUCAACAAGAUGGGCUGCGAUGUGGUCGUCUUCUCCGGUUCGGAGAACAAGAAGGACGAGGCGAUCAAGCUCGGUGCGCACGAGUUCGUCGCGGCCAAGAACAACCCCAAGCUCGAGGGCGUCAAGCCGGUCGACUUCCUCAUGGUCACCACCAGCGCACAGCCCGACUGGAACACCUACCUCAAGGUGCUCGAGAAGGACGCCACCAUCAUCCCGCUCUCGGUCGACUCGAACGACUUUGUCUUCCCCUACAUGCCCAUCAUUGGAAAGCAGCUCAAGAUCCAGGGCUCCCUCGUCGCCACGCGUGAGGUGCACGAGAAGAUGCUCCUCUUCGCCGCCCGACACGGAAUCAAGCCCAUCAUCGAGGAGGUGCCCAUGACCGAGGAGGGCAUCAACGGCGCCGUUGAGCGUCUGAAGAACGGAGACGUGCGCUACAGGUUCGUCGCCGUCAACUCCAAGACCCAGGCCAACCUCUAG